GAAGAGAGCGGGUUCUGUUGAGGUUUCCGUGACAGCACAUUUGGUUCAAAAUUUUCAGCAAUCUUCCGAACUAAGAACUGCUGAAACAAAAAUGGAGGUUCCAAAGGAUCAAAUCUCCACUCUUCUCGACCUAGGGCUCUACAGUUCAGCUCACAUGCUGGGUUGCUUUCUUGUUUCAUCGCCUGCUGCUAAUGUUGAAUCCAGUCCUCACCUCAAGUCUGAGAGCUUGGUGCUUCUUGGGGAUGCAUUAUUUCGAGAAAGGGAGUAUCGAAGAGCAAUUCAUACUUACAAGCAAGCCCUGCAAUACUAUAAGAUUAUUCCUAAACAAAAUUCAGCUACUAUUAGAAGUUCUUUGCAGUCAAACAGGUCCUCUUCUCCAAACUCAUUUAAUGUAUCGGCCGUUAAUGAAAAUGAGGUGAAGUUUAAAAUUGCGUCGUGUUAUUGUGCAUUAAGUGACAACAGAGCUGCCCUUGUAGAGAUGGAGGGAAUUCCAAGUAAAGCAAGAAAUUUACAAAUGAAUCUUUUGAUGGGAAAGCUUUAUAGAUUUGCGAGGCAUAACCGUGCUGCUAUUGCAUGUUACAAGGAGUGCUUAAGAAAUUGUCCUUUUGUGUUUGAAGCUAUUAUAGCUUUAGCAGAACUUGGCGCUACUGCCAAAGACAUCAUUUCGUUGUUUCCUCAGACAUCAAACAGAAGUGGCAAAACUCCUUUUGAUCACUUUGACUCAAAUCGCUGGCUGCCACGCUAUGUUGAGGCCCAGUGCUGCAUCGCGUCAAAUGAUUACAAAGGUGGUUUGGAGCUGUUUUUGGAUUUAUUGCAACGUUUUCCCAAUAAUAUUCACCUGUUACUUGAAAUUGCAAAGGUUGAAGCCAUCAUGGGAAAAAACGACGAGGCUAUCAUGAAUUUUGAAAAGGCACGAUCAAUUGAUCCAUAUCUUGUAACAUAUAUGGAUGAAUAUGCAAUGCUUCUGAAGAUGAAGUCUGAUUAUUCAAUGCUAAACAAGUUAGUCUAUGACUUGUUAAAUAUUGAUUCUACAAGACCAGAAGUUUUUGUGACUUUGUCUGUAUUGUGGGAAACAAAAGAUGAGAGGGGAGCCCUGUCUUAUGCUGAGAAGAGCAUCCGAAUUGAUGAAAGGCAUAUAACAGGUUUCAUCAUGAAGGGAAACCUGUUAUUAGCAUUGAAGCAGCCAGAUGCAGCCGUUAGUGCAUUCAGGAAUGCGCAAGAAUUGAGACCCGAUAUUCGUUCAUAUCAAGGCUUGGUCCAUUCUCAUCUAGCUCUGUCUAAAAUAAAAGAGGCAUUAUAUGCUGCUCGGGAGGCAAUGAAAGCGAUGCCUCAAUCUGCAAAGGCUCUAAAAUUAGUUGGAGAUGUACAUGCUAGUAACUCAGGUGGUAGAGAGAAGGCCAAGAAGUUUUAUGAGUCAGCCCUUAGGCUGGAACCUGGUUACCUCGGGUCGGCAUUAGCUUUGGCAGAGCUCCAUGUAAUUGAAGGUCGAAACAGAGAUGCUGUAUCCUUACUGGAGAGGUACCUUAAGGACUGGGCUGAUGAUUCUCUUCACGUAAAACUAGCUCAAGUGUUUGCAGCCACAAAUAUGCUGCAAGAUGCUUUAUCUCACUAUCAAGCUGCAUUAAGGAUGAAUCCCCAGAACGAAGCUGCCAAGAAAGGUCUUGAGCGCUUAGAAAAACAAAUGAAGGGAGUGGAUCCUGAUGCACCUGAAGACGACGAAGACAAUGAGGUCGAUGAUGCCGACGGAGACCAAGAAGAAACCGAACUCUUAUGAGUAACAAUUCAAUCCACGAUGUUUACAUUUGCAAGUAAUGGUUUAGACAACGACCCUCUGAUGAUGAAGAGUAAAUAGUAACUUGUACACGUGCGGAUGAAUCAUUUGAAAGAACUGCAACAUGAUUUCACAACCAUUCAUGCAAAUCUCUCCCAAUCACUCAUACAGUUUCACAUUGUCGAGAUCAACCGAACAAAAGUUGGCGAAAUCAUAGCCACUGCAUUCCGAUUGAGUAGCUGCAUACGAGGUACUUCGAUACUAUGAUGAUUUCAUGACUAUGAAAACUGUAAUCUGUAUGUAUUUUCGUAGCAAACGAAGAGCAGUCUUUUGUGUAACUUAUGUACACAAGAUCAUUGAUUAUAUUCAGGUAGAAGCCUAUGUAUUCUUCUGUGUAUUUCUGAAUUAGCUACUCAGUUUUACAUUAUUAAUGAACUUUCAAAUA